AUGGGUCUCGCCGGCGACGCAUCGGCAGACUGGCAGCUCCUCGCAGCUGUUCAUCCCAUCUUCGCAUCUACGUUACCCUCCGCGAAACUAGGCAGGCUGGGGCGGCAUGAGCGCGAUGUACUCGACAAUCUUGAAACCGUCUUCGAAUUCGAGAGUUGGCUGCUCCCGGACGCUCUGCGGGAAGCGAAGACAUCGAGUCUGUUUGUCGACGCGCCAGGCGAAUGCGCAUCUUGCUUAUCCUUUCUUCUUCAAUCUCUGGAAGGUCACGUGCAUCCGAAGGCAUUGGGUAUGCAUCAAUUUUCGCACUUGGAACCCUCGAGGGCUUAUGAUCAGCCUUAUCCCAAAUUGCGAGCCUUGCAACGUGAGCUAGAGGCACGACGUCAAUCCCAAAGUGGCCUGCCCAUCGACCAUGCACAAGGAAUCCGAUCCCUCGUAUGGCAUGAAGUGACAAUGGACAGUUUCAGUAUGACUGUCAUUUGCCUUGAGCGUUUCAACCGCACAGUCAACCGGCUGUCUUCCAACAGCCACGAUGAGCCCCUCCCCGAGCACAAGGCCAUUGAAUGGACCGACGAAGAGCUUCGGUCAUUUCAUGAUGCAUGGAUGGUUUCUCAGAGUCUGGACAUGAUCUUUGAAAGUUUCUGCAAGAAUCUUCGCGCUUGUCCGACAGCCCAUACUGCCAUGAUCAGUAUAACACUAUAUCCGAAAGUCGAUCUGAUCCUAUCAUCCUGUACGGAGAAGAGGACCUGGCACCAGAUCGUUUGUAGCGCUGUCACAGGUGAGCGGUAUGGAUGCCGCUCCCAUGCAUUGAAAUCGCCAUUGACCCCCGCACUGGAAGGUCUCCAGGCCCACAAUAAGGCUCAGGUGGCCGACCUGUGCGGCAUCCUUCGAAGUAGCCGACACAAGCUUUUACAUUUGCUCUGCAACGAAUCAGAGAUAUGGCAGAACUCGGACGAAACGGUCCCAGUUCUCAGAGAAAGCGCAAAAGUGACUCUGCUCAAGCUGCUGGAGGCUCGGGCUGAUCCACUGUCCAAGGCGACGUCCGCCCCUCUUCUCUCCAAGAAGAGCAAGAAAAUCAUCGCUGUCAUCCUGGCUGGCUUCCUGCUGAGGCUUUUCGGGAGUAAGUGGUUGCGUGCCGGAUGGACAUCUCGCAAUCUUCAUUUUUGGCCUGACUCGAAGACGGGCGAAUCGACCAACCUGCAAAAGCCAUACUUACUAUGUUCAUUGGUAAAUCCGGAUCGACCAGAGGACGACUUGGCUGAUCUGGAGAAUGCACAUUCGCUUGUUUUCACAUUUGGCCUCCUGAUGUUGGAACUGGAGCUGGAUACAUUCAUUGACGUGACAGAAGACGACGCAGCCGAGUCAGAUGAACUCUCACCGCCUUCCUAUAUGGCGCUACAGCGCGUGUUCCACCUUUGGAAGGACGACGUAGACGAUCCUUAUAUGCUGCAAAUCAUCAAUUCAUGCCUUGAUUUCGACAACAUCGUCGAGUCCAUGAGGCAUCCAUCGCUUGAUGAGCACCUCAAACGUCGGGCUGCUGUGGUGAGACAUAUCGUUCAACCCCUCGUCAAUAGGCUGGAAGCUGCUCAUUCUGAUGUGGCGUUGGAACCGCUGGGGGUGCCCCAACAUCUCAUCAAGCCAAAGCAAGCUCGCGGUGGGAACCAGACCCAUGAACCAGCUUCGUUUCCUACACGAGCCUUGGCUCAGCUGACUCGAGUUCUCGCCCCGAAGAAAGUUCGCAAGGACAGCAACCGUGAAUAUCCUUCCGUCAAGCCUCGGCAUCGACGUGAUUUCAGAAUUGCCGUCAUCUGUGCUCUGACUCUGGAAGCCGAUGCUGUAGAAGCCAUUUUCGACGAGCGAUGGGACGAUGAGGGCGAUGGCUACGGCCGGCUACCAGGAGAUCGCAACACAUACUCGACGGGUCGGAUUGGCCAGCACAAUGUAGUGCUCGCUCACAUGCCCGGGAUGGGAAAUUUCAGUGCCGCCAUCGUCGCUACGAAUUGCCGGUUCAGUUUUCCUGGGAUCGAACUUGCCCUUGUAGUUGGGAUAUGUGGCGGGGUCCCGUUCAACCAUGGUGAAGAAAUAUUGCUCGGAGACGUCGUCAUCAGCGAAGGAAUAGUCCCAUAUGAUUUUGGCAGACAGUAUCCGGAUCGCUUGUCGCGGCGAAACACCGUGCGAGAUAACCUUGCAAGACCCAAUCCUGAGAUCCGUGCCUUCUUGGCCAAGUUGAAAGGUCGCCUGGAGCGCAAGAAUCUCCAAGACAAGGCGGCCGAGUAUCUGGCUGUGCUGCAACGAGAGCUUGAUGGCUCGGCCGCAUAUCCUGGGGCAACGGAAGACAAACUAUUCACCUCAAGCUACCGUCAUAAGCAUCAGGAUCCCACCGUCUGCCCCAUUUGCCGGGUUUGCAGGCAGAAACACGACCCGGUCUGCGAGCAGGCUCUUCAGCACUCCUGCGAAAGGCUCGGAUGCGACCGUAAAUACCUGGUGCCCCGGAUGCGACUCAUCGGCCAAAAUCUCCUUUCCCAGCCAAGCGUGCACUUUGGACUGGUUGCCUCUGGAAAUAUGGUCAUGAAAUCUGGCGAAGAUCGAGACCAGAUUGCAAUAAAAGAAGAUGUCAUUGCCUUUGAGAUGGAAGGUGCUGGGGUCUGGGAGAAUUUCCCUUGUGUGGUCAUCAAAGGCGUAUGUGACUAUGCCGACAGCCACAAGAGCAAGAAGUGGCAAUACUACGCCGCCGCCACGGCGGCUGCUUGCACAAAAGCCUUCCUGCAGAGAUGGAUUGUCAGCACCGGCAGCGGUCAUGGCUUGUCAUAA